UCCAAAGACACAGCGCAUGAUGUUUGAAGCGAUGCUACCUGCCGGUUGACUUCCGUACAGAUCGCAAAAAGGUUUGAAGACCUCGCCGGCCAUGGAGGAUGUGGAGGCAGUGAUCUGUGUGAAUCGCUACAAGAAGGCCACAUCUGGUGGUCCAGAGGCUGAGGCUCCUCUGGAGGAGAAGAGUGUAGGGGAACCAGAGACUCCUGGUGUGGAUGAGUCGCUCUCCAGCGAGGAGGAUGAAGAGCUUCUCCAGAAUGAUGUGAGCAAAGAGGAGCUUGAAGGCUACCAGGAGAUCUUCGAAGCUCUCAGCUCGGAGGAGGAGAGCAAGAAGUUGGAAGAGCAGGGUGUGUGUGACAAGGAAGACGUUGAGAAGGAAGAGGAUGACAAAGAAGAGGACAAGGAAGAGGCUGAGGAAGAGGAGGAAGAGGAGGAAAAGGAAGAGGAUGAAAAGGUCGAGGAAGAAAGAGAAGAGCAGGUUAGAAAAGUCGAUGAUAAGGAAGAAGAAGACGUCAAGGUCAGAGGCGACCCAGAGGCCGAAGAAGAGGCCACCUCUGUGGUGGCGGAGGUUGAGGAUGAGGCCGUGGACGUCGAACAGACGAUGGGCGAAGAAGUAGUGGAAGAGGAUGUCCUGCAGGUGGACCAGCCAGACCAGGUCGAGGCUCUGGAAAGCAGCGAGUCGGAGGGCAAUGACCUGGAUUUGGACACCUAUGAGAUCUCUGACGAUGAUGAUGAGGACAUGGAGCCAGUGGACGUGAGCGACGCAGAGUCCGACUUCGACUUCGACGACUUCGACGGCGAGGAUGACUUUGAGGACGAAUUGGACCUCGAGGACUACGAAGAGGAGGACGAUCUCGGCGCAUUGAAACAAGGCUUCAACACCUGGCUCGCCUGCUGGGAAGAGGAACUGCCCCAGCGCCUGGCGCAGCCGGGUGCCGCGCAAGACUUGCGCGAGCGGCUCCUCAAGACGUUGCAGAAGGAGACUGGCAGAAGCAGUGCGGUGGAUGCCAACCGCUUCUCCUUGCAGUGGGAACAUGCGCUUGUGUUCAAUGACUGCCCACCUUUGCUGGGCUUUGUCUCCAAGAAGGACGCGAACGCCCUGCUGCGGUGUGAGAAUUUGAAGGAUCUGCAGUUGGGCUUCGCUUGGAGCGAGGACGACGGACCGAACCGCGAGGCCGAGGUGGACACUGAAGUAGUGGUGGACUCUCCAUCGCCGGCACCAACGCCAAGUCGCCCCUCUCGGGAGAUCCGGAUGGAUCGAUCGAGGUCUCGGGAUAGCCAACGGUGUCAAGGUGAUAAGCAUUGGGACCGCAUGCAUUCUAGCAAAUACUUUGACGGCGAGAAGAUGGAGAAGAUCCAUCUGAGGUUUGUGCCUCUCCGCAAAGCGAAGAAGGAAGAGGAGCCCUGGGGCAAGGACAUCAUGUCAUUUCCCGAGGAGCGACCCAAGGUCACCUUGGACAAAGAUGGUGUUCUGGUGGUCUACAAGCCAGCAUUCUGGACCAUGACCACUUCUGACAAAGGUGAUGUCGAGCCCAUCAUCAGCAGACAUUCAGCGCUUCAAGACUGGAUUCGAAGUCACAUGGGUUUUAGGUACAAAUGGUUGCGGCAGAACGACCGCGCAGGUUUAAUCCAUCGCUUGGAUGUGCAAACCAGCGGGCCCAUCAUUUGUGGCUCGAACCCGAAAGCCUUCAACAGUCUGCGAAUGAGCCUCCACACACACAAGUUCUACAAGGAGUACAUUGCUUUGAUGCACGGUGCUCUUCCUCUUCGUGAGUGUUGCGGAGAGAUGAACUAUCCUUUGCUCACGAUGAGAGAGCGAGGCUAUGCUGGCUGGCGAACCUGUGUCGAUCCUCGUGGUCAGGAGGCCCUGACUCGCUACGAGGCCGUGGCCGCCUACAAGUACUCCGAGGGCCACGGGAAGACUCAACGCUACACGUUAGUCCGGCUACAUCUCAUCACUGGGAAGACGCAUCAAAUCAGGGUGCAUCUCAUGGAGUUGGCGCGGCGGAACAACUUGAAGACCCACGGCAUUGUGGGCGACUACAAGUAUUUGCCGCCGCGAAACCUGAAGCUGGACAAGAGGAUCUGCCGCCGCGUGUUCCUGCAUUGCUACCGCCUGCAUUUUCCCAUGCCCGGUCACGAGGACGACGUGUGUAAGGUUCGCUGUCCACUCCCAGUGGAGCUCCAAGAAGCCCUGAAGCAGAUCGAUCUGGACAAAGAUCUCACAGAGAACUACCGGAAGCGAUGUCGAAAGAGUCGUGUCAUGGACAGGGACGACGUGAUUGACAAGAGCUGUCAGCAAACCAGGAAGUAUUUAAAUAUUCCCGGACUCAUCGACUACGAUUUCUGGCGGGAGCAGCACAAUUAAAAAAAGACGCUGGGCCUGUCGCAACGCGUUCUCUAGAUCAUUCUUUGGUGUUUCUACGGGUCAUCAUGAUGUUCUUUUCGUACUGGCUGCUAUUUGUCGUUAAAGGUUCCGGGGGGCUUCGAUUGAAUUGGUCGCACAUCGGUGAAGCGCGUCAGUUCUUUUCGCUCGCUGCGUACAUCGAACCGAGUUUCGGCGAUAAAGACCUGCCUGCUCUCGGACGCCCAAGGAAGGUUGAGUAUAGAUGUUGACCAGCUGACUUAAUUUUCCAGCUGAGUUAAUGCCACUAGGAAUGGUGCUUUAAGGUUGUGAAGACCUUGACUAGAUCCAUGCUAGUGAAACGUUUCGCGCUCUUCAAACGGUUGAGCGCUUCUUUGGGGAAGUUGAGCUUGGCCGACACCAGCUGCAGCGGGCGCAACGUUUCGGUGCUUGUCACUCGGAAAGUGCUGGUGUGAAAGGGGUUCCGCAGCUUGCCUUGUUUGGGGGAUGCGUUCACAAUAUGUGCACUCAGAACCUAGUCUGACACAACAGCA